AUGGCGAAGAAGAAUAAAAACCGUGGUGCAACAGCGCAACCUUCACAAACUGCACAAGUGGUCCCUAAAGAGACUACUCAAGAUGUGCAACCCUCAGUCGUCGAUAGCCAUGCUCAUGGCUUGAGCAAAGGUAAUACAAUGGAGAUGGUGAAUAUGUUUGAUGAUAUCUUUAGUGAUCACGAUAAGGCCGUGCUUGAAGCAUUUCCCAAACGAAAGCAGAUUGUGGGUAUUCUGAAGUCCAUAUACGCUAAUGAGAUCAGACUAAGAGCUCGAAAAACAGUCUGGGGCCUGCCUGUACUGGCUUUUGAGAUCGCUGUGACCGCUCUUGACGAUGCUUCAGUGUUUGUUCGUCUCGAUGUUGAGCUGCCCGACAACUACCCGAAGGUUCCUCCCGUUAUUCGCUUGGAUGAGCUCGAGCCGGAUGAUGCUACGUUGAGGAAGAACUUGAGGGAUGUCAUCGCCCAUUUCGAGAAGACAGAACUCGGCGACGACAGCAUGGUUUCUAGUAUGCUUCAAGGCAUACAAGACAAGCUCGGAGAUGCACACGCGGAGAUACAGAAACGUGCGCAAGGCACUAGUCUCGAGCAAGAACGGGCCACUGUAGAGUCUGCUGCGCAAGUCAAUGCCACUAUUCGACAACAAUUAUUGAGUCGUCAGAAGGAAGCGGAGACAGCUGCCUCGGAGGCAAAAUUGGCGCAAGAAUUCGAUGCACAGAGACGUCGACGGCAGCUUCUGAGCUCGAAUGAGUCAGCGCCUGAUCAAUCGACGACUGCUGGUGAGGAUUAUCCUGCUGACUGCAUUGUCUUUGACCACGACGUUACUAUCAGUGAUGCCUCGUACGAGUCCGCCUUGACUUUUCGAGCGGUACAGCCCAUGGGCACCCUGUAUCACAGGAAUGGCAAGCUUGUGACUAUCGCCUGCCCCUUUCGUGGUGGCGAAAUCAUCAAAAUGCAGCUGGUACUAAAGGAAGUUCGGCUCGCUUCAGCGGAAGAUAGCGAGGCGCAAUAUCGGCAGACAAUGUCCCAAAUAGAAUUGGCACUACAGGAAGUCAAGACAUUUGAACAUUCAUCUAUCGUCAAAAUACACGAUUACAAACUUGUGCAGAUCCUAAACGACAAUGCCAUGGCUUAUUGGGAGCUGUAUAUCCUGACUGAGCAUGCUCAACAGUCGUUAGAUGGCUUGCUAGAUAUGGUUGACGGACUUGGUGCUGUGAAGGUCAGAACUUAUGCACGGUCGAUACUUGACGCCCUCGAAUUCUACGAUAGAAAAGGUCAUGUUCACCCUGCCAUCCAUGCAUACAACAUACUCCUGUUCGGCUCCCAACAUAAAACGUACCAAGCGAAACUCUCUGAUGGCUAUGGAACUACACUGAGAGAGCUUGUCGAGCGUGCGCAGGCUAGCCAACCGCCAGAGCUGAAUCAGGGCAACUGGGCUGCUCCUGAAUUGAUCGGAGGUCGAUCAGCGAGGAGUAACAAAACCUGUAUAUGGGAGCUUGGGGUCGUGCUGCUGCAAAUGGUGCUUGGUAACGACAUGACAAAAAAAUAUACUUCGCCAGAGGAUGCGCUAUCUCAGGCCGGACUUGACCAGGACUUCGAUUAUAUGAUCUCGAAAAUGUGCUCCAUAUCUGCUCGAAAGAGACCAAGUGCAUUUCAGGCUCAGUCGUUCCAAUUCUUCAAGAACCACGAUCUGUCCGUUUUCCAAUCGGAGAACGAGAGCAGACGAAUGACUAAAGCCGCACUGGUACCAAAGUCUGGACGCGUUUCCGAGUCAAGGUGGAUUUCGGAGUGGGAACCAGUCGAGAAGCUCGGAAAAGGUGGAUUUGGUACUGUGGUCAAGGCCCGUCAUCGACUAGACGGGCAUUUCUACGCUAUCAAACAACUAAAAUGCAAAUCCAUCCGGGACCUGGAAGAUAUUUGGGGCGAGGUCAGAAUGUUGGCUCAGCUCAAUCAUCCCGGUAUCGUCCGAUACUUCGUCGCAUGGAGCGAAGAAGAUCCUCAAAUAACGGCAGACUCAGAAACGUCGACUGCGUUGACUGAUCCAAGGAGUUUUGCACCUCCAACAGGCAGCGUUGCCUUGAGGAAUAGUUUGUUCGCAGUGCCUUCCACCGGCCAUGAUUUUAUGGAUCCUUCCUUGGCUCAGCUGUCUGAUGUUGAGGAUGACGAGAACGAGGCCGAAGAUGUUACGCAGAGCACUGAAAGCAGUGAUGACGGUAAUAUGUUCGGCUACCAAUCUGCACCGUCAGCGUCCGACGCUGAUAGCCAAGCACUCGAAUCGGAAGCUGAGGUAGAUCCAGAAAGCGAUCCUUUUGGACUUCAAGCCGUGGCUAACAACCUGGAUGAAGCUCCGAACCUCUUUGAAUCAGAUAGCGCAGACAAAGCCAGAGAAAGAACCAACAUACCCUCGCGACCUCAACCUUUCAUAGCUGCAAAAGGAACUCCGAGCGUCCUUCGGCGACCACCACAAUACUACAACAAGAGCCUGACUUUAUUCAUUCAGAUGGAACUCUGCGAUACUGGAACCCUACUUGAACUUAUCAGAAAUGGUCUACCUGAUCAAGUCAAUGAGGCUUGGCGCAUAUUCCGACUCGUGGUAGAUGGUCUCGAAUACAUUCACGAACAAGGAGUUGUGCAUCGGGACCUCAAGCCAACGAAUAUCUUCAUUGAUUCACACAACAUGCCUAAAAUUGGCGAUUUUGGCCUAGCAGCUGCCUCACAAGCGACUGUAAAUGGCUCGAAGCUGGCAACCCAUGUUGCUGGUCCACUGUCGAAAGGUGUAGGCACUCUAUUUUAUAUUGCUCCAGAGCUUGGAGACUCUAAAUCUACUGGUCAAUAUUCUACCAAAGCCGAUAUGUUCGCUUUAGGUGUUAUCUUCUUUGAGAUGUGCUUCCCCUUCAGGACCGCAACAGAAAGGGUCAGCUGGAUGCGUAGUAUCAACAAAGAUGGAUCGCAAUUACCAAGUCGAUUUGAAAACCCCGAAUACAAAACGCAGGGUCGGAUUAUCGUUUCAUUACUCGAUCACAAUCCGGACAGGCGGCCAUCUGCCAGAGCCUUGCUUCUCGAUCCAGAAAUCCCAGAGCCUCUCGAAGAAGACAAGGAACAACGAUACUUCCAGAGACUUGUGCAGGGUGACCCACAGCAAUUUCAACUUGUGAUGCAGAAUUUCAUGGGAAGAACUGCGAGCAGACCACAAAUGCUUUCGUACGCACAUGUUGACAAGGAGGAUUUUAGAAUACCCGACGAGUAUCUGCUCAGCGUGCUUCAACAAAAGCUGAGAGACGUCUUCAAAGCUCAUGGUGGAGUAGAAAGCAAUCGCGAAACAAUCUUCCCUGUGGAGGGACUUUAUCCAAAUACAGCCAAAUUUCUGGACGCUGCAGGCUUCACGGUCCAGCUUCCAUACGAUCUUACAGUGCCUUUCGCUCGAGCCAUAGCUGUGCGGAAGCCUCAGUAUACAAAAAGCUUCACAUUUGGAAUAGUUUUCCGGCAAAGAAAAGAGCUAGGUCUUGAACCCUUGUGCAUCCCGGAAGUCGACUUCGACCUUGUGUCUUACAGCGCUCAGGAUUUGUCGCUACGAGAUGCACAAGUCAUCUCGGUCCUGGAUGAUUGUCUCCUCAAGCUUAGCUCGCUCUUCAGUCGUUCUUUCUCGAUCAUCGUUUCUCACGGGGACCUACUCGACCUGAUACUGGACGCAUGCGGGGUCCCAGAACAGCGAAUCGAAGUGGUCAAGAGAUUGUUAUCCAACCUCAAUAUUGGUAAAACGACUUGGAAACAACUUCAACAAGAACUGCAGUCCCCUGAGGCUGGCUUGACUAGCACGAUGGUGUCAGACUUGAGUGGGUUUAAUAUAUCUUCUGGUCUGGAGGAAGUCCGUGACCGCGUGCUCAGAAGUCUCAACAAGCUGAAAAAAGCUGACUUGGCAACGAAAGCCACAAGGACGCUGACUCGUCUCCAAGAGGUGAAUGAUUACAUCAACAGCUUUCGAGUACGCACACCCGUUUUGUUUUCACCUUUGAGCAAUACCUCAGAGAUGCUCUACCGAGGUAGCCUGAUGUUCAAGUGUACGGAGAGCAAAUCAUCUAAGGCUAUAGCGGUUGGUGGCCGGUACGAUGCCCUCAUCAGGAGCUACCAAACACCUACGCACAAAACCUUUGCUCGAGCAGCAGGCUUUAGGAUCAACAUUAUGGAUCUGGUCGCGCACGCGCGAAGUGAUGCACAGUCGACUAUCGGCAAGUCGGCAAGGACGAAAGGCGUCAUACCUGCAACCAUAGAGCCACGCAUUGAUAUUGUGGUUACCAGCUUUGACGAAGCAACUCUUUAUGGCACCUGUGUCGAGAUCCUACGUAAUUUGUUGGAUGCUGGAAUGAGUGCCGAGCUUUCCGAUCCCUUCUCAAACAUGGAUGAGCUUGACCAAGCUUACUCCAAUGUCAGUCGUUUCUGGGUGGUCAUCGUUCGACCUGGCGGCACCAAAAUCAAAGUUCGCUCUCCCAACAAAGACGAGAACGAAGUUGUGAGCUCAGAUCUGACUAAGUGGCUGCGCGACGAAAUGGAAGAGAGACAGCCAGCCAGCAUAUCAGAACCAGUACUCCGAAGAACAAGAAGCUCACACGGAGCAGGAGAAAGAGAAAACGUUACGAUCUUGACACCUCAACAUAAAUCCAAGAAAGUCAACCGAGCCAUGAUCGUCGACUCUGCACGAUCCGCAGCACAAGAUCUCGCGGAGUCAAUAAGCAAAAACUGCAGAGUCCUCGCCAUCGAUACUGACGACGAUACACUCCAGCGACUGCGCAACACGAGACUAGCUGACAGCGAGACCUGGCGAACACUGAGACAUUCUGUUGCGUUGACUGACAGGGAGUACAUCCAGGAAAUUCAAGAGCAAUUACAGGACUGGAAUAAGGCUGGUCAGGACGGUGCUUUUGUAUGUAACUACAAGACCAAGACGUGCAUUUUCUACGAUUUCGGGAAGGCUUGA